UUUGCGUUGCUUGGUUUGGGAGCCGUGGAGGCUGGGUGUCUGAAAUAACUUACAGGCCUUGGAAUUUCCCGGCUGCUGGGGUCUCCCAGGGAGGAGAGGGCCUCCCGUGAGUCAGGUGACUCAGCUGGGCCCCAGCUAUCAGUCCAGCUCAGACACCAACUGUCACCGCAGCCCUCGUCCCGGCGUGGCUGCCUUCUGCCUGUGCAGUUUCUGGGUCCCUGUGGCCGCUCUGAUCGUUUCUUUUUGUCCCCCUUUGAAUCUUGAUUCCAGAGACCCAGUCGUCCUCGGUAUCCAGGGAGCCCUCCUCAUCGUCCUCCUCCUCCUGCUGCCACUCUACCACCGCAGUUGCUGGGUGUUGCUAAGGUGGCCUCCAUGGUAACGUGCACAUCCUGUUUGUACCUCCAUCUGGGCAAGUCAGUCUAAGCUAGGAACCUACCUACCCUGGUCAACCACUCCAUCUCCACCUGGGGACCCCAAUCAUUGUGACACGACGUCCGGCUUCUACUCCGUUCCCCCACCUUCUUCCUCCUCUCAACUGCCAGCCUCACACAGAAGAGAAGAUCUGGACUUGGCGUGGCUCCUCUGAAGCGUGUUGCACAAGAUAGAGUUGGUCUGUUUCCCGACGGGGCCCCCAGAGAAGCAAGAAGGAGGAAGAAGCGGGAACAGGGGGACAGGAGACGCCCAACAGUUAAAGGGAACCCCGCUUCCGGUCUGGUAGAGGGGCGUGGUAACAGCCGGCAAAAUGACGAACCCAUCAGAACACGCCUUGCCGGCCAACUCGGUGGCCGAGAGUCACGAAGGGGACUUUGGCUGCACACUCAUGGACCUGAGGAAGCUCAUGGAGCAGCGUUCGAGCGAUGCGGUGACGCAGGUCAACGUGCAGUACGGAGGCGUGCAGAACCUCUGCAGUCGCCUGAGAACCUCCCCCGUGGAAGGUCUCUCUGGGAACCCUGUCGACCUGGAGAAACACAGGCAGGUGUUUGGGCAGAACCAUCCCCCCAAAAAGCCCAAGACCUUCUUAGAGUUGGUGUGGGAAGCCCUUCAAGACGUCACCCUCAUCAUCCUGGAGAUCGCGGCCAUCAUCUCCCUGGUCCUGUCCUUCUAUCGCCCGCCCGGCGGAGAAAAUGAGCUGUGUGGUCAGAUUGCACAAAGCGCGGAGGAUGAAGGGGAGGCGGAAGCCGGCUGGAUCGAGGGGGCGGCCAUCCUGUUCUCGGUGAUCAUCGUGGUGCUGGUGACCGCCUUCAACGACUGGAGCAAGGAGAAGCAGUUCCGGGGCCUCCAGAGCCGCAUCGAGCAGGAGCAGAAGUCCUCCGUGAUCCGCAACAGCCAGCUCAUCCAGCUGCCGGUGGCUGACAUCGUGGUGGGCGACAUCGCCCAGAUCAAGUACGGUGACCUGCUGCCGGCCGACGGAGUCUUGAUCCAGGGGAAUGACCUGAAGAUUGACGAGAGCUCUCUCACGGGGGAGUCCUACCAUGUCCCGAAGUCCCUGGACAAAGACCCCAUGCUGCUCUCAGGGACCCACGUCAUGGAAGGCUCUGGCCGGAUGGUGGUGACCGCUGUGGGUGUCAACUCGCAGGCCGGGAUCAUCUUCACUCUGUUGGGGGCCAGUGAGGAUGACGAGGAGGAGAAGAAGAAAGGUAAGGGGCCUCCGGGGGGAGGGGGGCUCAGAGUGAGGGGGCUCAUCUCGACGGACGCCUGGCAGGAAGAGCCCCGCUCUGAUGGACGCCAGCUCCUGGCGCUGGGCGCCCAGGGCAGGCUGCAGUCGGGCCUCGAGCCCGGCGCCUUUGCUGGGUCUGGAAGGGACGGGUUCCUGAGCCUGCCCAGGUGA